UUCCGAACUCCUAUCUCGCCUAUCAUGGACUUUCUUAUAGGCAGUCGGCAGCGCAUUUUGACGCUUGCUGAUUGACCUACACCAUCGCCUUGAGGGCAUGCUAUCGAGUACGAGGACUAUCUACAGUCAGACAUUUGUGGCUCCCACACAUAUAUUGCUGCAAGGAGAUCGAUUCAAUCAACCUGAACAUACGUGGACAAAGGAGGACGAUAUGCUGCUCGUCCAACCGCGAAAGCGCAGCCGCACUGCUUUCGACCAUGACCAUGCGACAACUCACCCCGCAAGCUGGCAGUCAGGCGCAAAAGAUGCAACAGGUCAGGUCCGGACCUCAACAGAAGCAGUGUUUUCGACCUCGCGUGACGAUCAUACGGACUUCUCCAAGUCCUCAAUUGCAGCGCUGAGUCUGGAGCAACUGCAGGAGCUGAGCACGCAGAUUGCAGACCGCAUCCAAAUCAAAAAGCGCUACAAUAAUACACCCCUUCGCCGCAUCAUCGCACGUCAAACGUCAGGCGACCCCUCGCCAACGCCUGCAAGAUCAGAGGAAGAUGCGUUCAGCCAGACCGAUACUCUCGUGAAUAGCGAGAUCCUCGGAGAGUCACCAGAGACCAUUCAGGCGCGGUACAAUAACACGCCUCUCCGGCGCAUUUUGUUUCGCCAGGUAUCAACUGAGCAGAGGAACGGCACGUCCUGUCAGGCUUCAGCAUACGAGCCCGAGUCACUGGAGGUCAGGAAAGCGAGAUACAACAACACGCCUCUUCGGCGCAUACUAUCGCGUCAGGAGUCUACAGAGCAUGCCAAGGAUACGACAGGCAACAUUACUGCGCCUACGCUCCCGGAUGUCUCGCUCCAGGCCUCCCCUUCAGUCCCAGUACCACGCAGCAACACACCACUCCGUCGCAUUCUCUCGCGCCAGACAACAGCUCCAACAUCUCCGCCGCGAAGCAAGGAAGAAGACGAGCUAUCCGACCGCGCAGACUCUGUCAUCUCCCCCGACUCCCCCAUCCUCGCAUCCCGGCAGCCCAUCCAACUGACCUCCGAGUCCCGCAUCCGUGCCUACGAAACCGCACUGUGGGGUCUCAGUAAGCCUGCACUUGUUCUCGCAGAACACUUCAACUCCGAGGCCACGAUCCGCGCGUACGAGGAAGCGCUGUGGGCAAAGCCGGCCCCGCAGGCGGUCAAGUCUGGUGCUGUGGUGAUUGAGGUACGGGAACUGGGUGUCGAUGCGAAGAAGCCGAAGCGUAUUGUUGUGGACUCGAAGGGGAGUCCGCUGAGAAGGAUUUUGCAGCGGCAGACGAGUUUGGACUGGAGGGCGUCGGCGAGGGUUGGUGUUUUGUAAGGUUUGAGAGAAUCAAUUUGGCAGCGCGUUUCUUUUGUAGCUGUAAGUAAGUUUUCUCACGGUCGCGACGCAGCUUGCUUUUUUUUUUAUAUCGGCACUGAUGUGCCACUCGAUGUGUUGGGAUUUAUACACGGCAUAAGAUUGUCAGACGAGCCACCUUGUCCACAUUGAGAC